AGUAACAUUCACUGCAGUCAGACCGCAGUUAUCUCCACUACGGCAAUGAAGCUAACCAUGGUCUAGAGCCGUAAAAAGACGGUUCUUUCCGGGGUCAAAUAGCGGACAAAGGAACCAUGGCACCCCGGAAUGUGCUACACGGAGGCGAAGUGGUCGCCCUGCUUCUCCUUUGGCUCGUGCCCCAAGGUUCCUCCGCAGAAGACAAACCUACAGGCCGUGCCCAUGUGAGUGCCCCAGAUUGCCGCAGUGCUUGGGCUUCGUCACGAGGCGCUGCAGUGUGUGUGUCGGACCCUCCGCAGGCCGCACAGCCCCAGGGGCACGCAUCACACGCCUCUAUUGGAUUGUCGGACGUGGUGAUAGUGAUCCAGAGCCAGAGGAACUCCUUCCACGCCCGCCGAGCUGGUGAGAGGAAGGUGGAGAUCCUUCAGCAGGCAGCUGAGCUGGGGCAGGGAGUUCCGGUUGUUGUUCUUCUCCAUGAGCUGUCCACGUUUGAACGAGAUUGGAGCAUCCUCCCUUUGCUUCCUAAUCUCUCUGCCACCUCUGGCCUGUCAGCAUCCUGGUUUUUCUUCAUAGAGGAGCAAACCAGCGUCACGCUGGCGAAGCUGCUGCAGGUCCUCAACAGAUAUCAAGUCCAAGAGGAAUGGUUUUUGGGUAAGCGUCUCCAUGACAACGAGCCCUCCAUUAUCCACCACUAUGCGUUCUCUGAGGACCCCGGUUCCUUUAGUUACCCCGACCCUGCAGCAGGCUGGGCUCUCAGCUCGCUGCUGCUCCGGAGACUCGCUGAGCGGAUCCGACACAUGCAACCCAAGUCCGAUUUCACUAUCGACUUGAAACACGAGAUUGCUUUGUACAUUUGGGAGGAUGGAAAUGGUCCAAAGCUCACCGCAGUUCCAGAGUUUUGUACGGAGACAAGAGAAAACUGUGCUACGACAUUUACAACCUACCUGCCACACUGCGGAAGUCCGGUGUCAAGGAAAGAAGUAUUUGUUGCUGUGAAAACUUGCAAGAAAUUCCACUCAGAACGAGUACCGGUCGUGAAGGCCACCUGGGAGAAAGAUGCCGGGUUUAUUGAGUAUUACAGCGACGUCGCUGAUGCCUCCAUACCCACCGUCAGUGUAGGUGUACCCAACACGGAGAGAGGGCAUUGUGGGAAGACUUUUGCCAUCUUGAAGCGGUUCCUAAGUAAAGCUGUGCCACAGACUGAUUGGCUGCUGGUUGUCGAUGAUGACACACUCAUCAGCCUACCCAGAUUGCGGCGGCUGCUGCGCUGCUACGAUCCGAAGGAGGCCGUGAGCCUGGGGGAGAGAUACGGCUACAGCCUGCUCCUCAACGGAUACAGCUACACCACCGGGGGAGCAGGGAUGGUGCUCAGCCGCCCCGCCGUGUCCAUGCUAGUUUCCAGCGGCUGCCGCUGCUACGAUGACGAUGCUCCUGAUGACAUGGUGCUGGGCAGGUGCCUCACUUCCCUCGGUGUCCCCAUCACACACAGUCCCCUGUUCCACCAGGCCCGACCGCAGGACUACUCUGAAACAUUGGAGCAGGCCGUCUCCUUCCACAAGCACUGGAACAUAGAUCCUGUGACCGUGUACAACCUCUGGCUGCAGGACACACAAACACGAGAUGAACUGUAGAAACAAUGUGUGUUUAGAAACGACAUCGAGCUUACAGCGCUGUAGAAACCACUAAAAUUAUAUUUGCACAACAACCCAGAGCUAAAGCUCCCUGAAACAUUGCUCUUAAACGCCUAAGCACCUGCACUGAUGAGUAUUUUUCAUGUCUACAUAAGAUCAAAUGAGUGUGUGUAAUGUUGAAGGUGGUUGCAGAGAAGUAGUCUGGGUACCUAGCUUCAUUCAGCCCAACCUUUUGGUUAAAUGGGCUGUGCAUUGACUGUAUGUUUUGGACCAACUUGCUGAGUGAAUCCAAAUCUCCCCCUGCCUCCACUGGCUGUGCGGCUUUAAGCAUCAGGUCCCACGAUCAUGAUGAGCGGGUAU